CAUAUAUUCAAGAGCUGUUUCACUUUUUGGAAAUAGGGCAUCUUUGACGCCGGGGCUUACUUACAAGUGUGUUUAAAUGCAUUACACUCUCUCUUCAUUACAGCCAUCAGCACCUCAAUCAUGUCUCCAGGACCCGAUUUAGAUGGUGGUAGUGACUUAAGCGAAUUAAGCGAUGCAGGAAGCCAACCGGGCACUCCAGGUCAAGCAUUAACACCUCAAACCAGUCCAGUUCCACAAACAAGAAGGGCAAGUUUAAGAAGAGGAACAGACACAACAACAACAACAACAGCAGCACCUCUUGCUACAAAUGCAGAGCCACAAAAAGAGAAAAACCCUCGUAGAUCACAGAGAGGACGUGAUUCAGCUGUUGAAGUUACGCAACCAAAAAGCAAGGAAGCGGAUCUUUCACCACAAACAUCAAAUGGCAUGGGUAACAAAAAGGCUACCUCUCAUCCAAGAUGGGAGUACAAACAGAUAGUGGAUAAAAAUAUAUUUCGAGAUGAUCCUGUGAUAGAAGGUAAACGGACAAGGAAAUCCAUUGAUAGGUUUGGAAGUGAAGGUGCUGGAGCAGAUAACAAUCCACCUUCUAUACGAAGGAGGUCAACUUCUUCACGUAAAUCUGCCAGUCGUGAACCUGCCGGUGAAAGCACAUCAGCAGAAGUUGGCAAUGAUUCAAGAGCAAGUCCAGUCGCUUCAUUCAAGCCCGAACCUAGUGAAGAUCAACAGCAGCAGCCUAAUCCUACCAAAAAGACCAUCAAAAUCAAACGGAAGCAACCCAAACCAGAAGUCACUCCAGAAGAAGUAACUCAAGAGGCAUUUACAGAAGAUCCUGAAGAAGAGCAACCGACGAGAAAAAGGAGAAAAGGCAGCAAAGCGGAGCUUGAAGCUGUGGUCCCUGACUCCACUCCAUCUCAAAGAAUUGAAAGAGUCCAAGACGAAGAUGAGGAAGAUCUGCCUCAGCCAAGAAAGAAGAAACUUACAAGGCCAGGAAAGAAGAUCAAAUUGAAAAGACCCGCUUCUCAAAAGAAAAAGGAAACAGAACCUCUGUCAGACGAUUAUGAAGAAGAGGCAGGCUCAGACAGUGACGUAGCGAUGAGCGAUGAUGCGGAUGAAGAUGCUCUCGAUGAAAGGAAAUAUGAAGAGCGAGCGCCCAGGUAUGAGCAUACUGCUGCUGCAGAGAAGCGGAAGGCUACUUCUAAGCCGUUCCAGCGUGCACCUUCUAUUCAAAAGCCUAGCAAGCCUCGCUCAGGCGCAUCCAGCAUUGUACCUGCGAAAGACUUGGCUGCCUCGGCAUCUCAAUUGCAACAACCUCCACCGGCAAAGCCUAUCACGAGUCAGGCUGUUGCAUCAUCUUCAUCCUUCAAGGCUGCUCUACCACAGAGACCGCCCGUACCACAGAAGAAUGUCAUUCGUAAGUCAGUCGGUUCUUCUGUCUUGGACAAUUUGAUGGGCUUCGGUACGCCUUCACGGAGCUCCGCUCCAAGGCCACGUCCGCCACAAUCUGGGGCUACAUCAUCUCCUCAACCACAGAGACGUCCUGGUGAACCAAUACGUCCUCGACCACCAGCGGCUGAUCCUGCCAAUAGGGCAAAGCCUGGCAUCACAACAUCCCAUGAUCCGAACAAUCUCGGUUUGAACGGCAAACAUGUCACGGCAGAGCAAAUGGCUGCAAAACGUGAAGUUGAAGUACAGCAAUAUGCAAAUCCAAAAGGCUUGUUCAAUUUGUUGGAAGGUACGGAAUUGAUGAUGGAAUUCGAGGAUGAAACCCGUCAACGGUUACAGAUUGAUCCAUUCUUACACAAGCAUAAACUCUACAGACCAGGACGUACGGAGGGAAUGUGGAAAUUGAUUGAUCGGAUCAAAGAGACGGAAGGUAUGAAGUAGCGGCGUGUUUCGACAGUUGUACUAUAAAGCAU